CCAAAAAAAAACCGACCUAAGAGAUUUCCUAGAUAGAAGGAUAAGGACUAUACAAAGUAAAAAGGAGACUAUAUAAGCUAACAAGUCCUGAUCAACUACUCAUCGGGAAGGAAUUGCCUGGUCUGACUUUCCUUUAUUUCCCUCGAACUACAGAGAGGGAGAUUGAAAGAAAAAGAUUCUUCCUUUGGAAUCUCGCGCACCAACCCAAGAAGAAAAAGUAGACACGAGCAAAACCCACUAUUUCUCCUUUUCUAGAGAUACUAUAAAGAAUUAAAGAUAAACAACGAAAGGGGUUCUCUUGAAACCCAAAAAGAUUCGAUCUUUAUAGAGAAAAACUCAUUCUGAUUCUGGUUUUUAACAAUGAGUAGAGACGAUGAUGAUCCAGGAGAAAACGGAGAUCGGUCAAAGCCACCAAUAUCAUCAGGGCCUUAUAAAUGCUUGACAGACUUUCACAAAGAUCUAUUGGCAGGUGCAUUCCUGGGAGGGGUAAUGCAUACAACAGUGGCGCCAAUUGAGAGGGCAAAGGUGCUGUUACAAACUCAAGAAAGCAAUUUGGCAAUUGUAGGGAGUGGACGCAGGAAAUUCAAAGGAAUGGUUGAUUGUAUUGUUCGUACAGUUAAAGAAGAAGGGAUUCUUUCGCUUUGGAGAGGCAAUGGCAGUAGUGUGAUUAGAUAUUACCCUUCUGUUGCUCUUAAUUUCUCUCUUAAGGAUCUCUAUAAAAACAUCUUGCAUAACAGAAACCAUCCAAAUGGUCCUUUUCUGUCUAGCACACCUGCCAACUUCACUGCGGGUGCUGCAGCUGGCUGUACAACACUGAUUUUAAUCUACCCGCUUGAUAUAGCACACACCCGCCUUGCUGCUGACAUUGGAAGAACUGAUGCUCGGCAAUUUCGAGGUAUUUUUCAUUUCCUGACUACUGUAUACAAUAAAGAUGGGAUUCGAGGAGUGUACAGAGGGCUUCCUGCCUCUCUUCAAGGAAUGGUAGUUCACAGGAGUCUAUAUUUUGGUGGGUUUGAUACAAUGAAGGAGAGUUUGUCUGGAGAAGCAGCUAAACCUGAAUUGCCAUUGUGGAAGCGUUGGGUGGUGGCUCAGAUAGUCACGACAUCAGCUGGGUUGAUGUCAUAUCCACUGGAUACAGUUCGAAGGCGAAUGAUGAUGCAAUCUGGUCUGGAACAACCAAUGUAUAAUAGCACACUUGAUUGCUGGAGGAAAAUUUAUAGGGUAGAGGGGGUGGCUUCUUUCUAUCGUGGGGCAGUUUCAAAUGUGUUUAGGAGUACUGGUGCUGCUGCCAUUUUGGUUUUGUAUGAUGAGGUCAAGAAGUUCAUGAAAUGGGGUGGCUUGUAGCAGGAAGUAGUAGUUUUGGUUAGUUUUUCAUCUCAACCGAAGGAUUGGAGUAAAUGAGGCGAUACGGUUUAUAGAAGGAAAAUAUUGUGAAAUGCAAAAGAGUUCCAUACAGCUAAACGAUAGCAACCUUACCUUUAUUUUUUGUUACCAGUUAAAAAGGUUGAAUGUGAUUGAUACAGAUUUUGUAUACCUAGUUGAUUCUUGGUAAUCACCUGUUUUUUUUU